UAGCAUGAAUUAGUCGGAACUUGUCAGAAUUACUUUUAAAAAUUCUAAAAUGUGGAAACGUUUUUAAAAGGAAAUAGGUUUUUACUUGUUUUCACCAUUUUGGCCAUCAAAAUUAGCUAUCGAAAUUCGAAAUCGCAAGAAAAAAGCUUUCCCGACAAGCGUUACCAUGACCAAUCGAUUGGCUUUGCACCACAUCCUGACCACCCAGAUGCGGAGGGACUGGGAGCGGGAAGAGAACGAAAAGGUCAGGAUGUCGCUGAUAAACAGCCGGGAAAAGGUCAAGGCCUCGCUGAGAUCGUCCCAAAUGCCGCUUCAGUACCAAAUGCCCGACACUAGCAGAACCUACGACAAUAUGGUGCAAAGGAUUCACGCGACCAUGAAGGCGGUUCGUAAUCCUCGAAGGCCGCGGCGAACGGUGCCGUUGCCCGUUGCGCCGACUCCGGUUGCACCGCCAGUAGAAGCACCACCUCUGCAAAAGAAACUGGUGUCGAAGCAUCCGAAGAGGAGCAAAUCCGGCCGGAUAAAGGGUGGCGGUAACUCUUCGAAACUCCCUGACAAAUCCACCGGAACGAAGCCGGGAGCCACGACCUUCGACCAACACAGCCGGAUUCGAGAGGUUAUGCAGCAGAAGAACGUACUGGAGACCAUGCUGCUGCAGCACAAGAAGUUGCAAAGGGAUCGGCGGACCAUUGCUCUGGACAUCCAGCGGAUGCGAGCGGAUCUGGACAGGAUUCGCACCAAGUUGGACACUUCCCUGCAGAGCUUGAACUCCACUCGCACCCUUUUCAGUCCCGGCAAAAAGGCGGCUCCGAAAAAGGCAGUCACCCCGCAAAAGUCCGUGGCCAGCACGGCCUCCUCGAGCCAUCGCCGUUCUGGCCUGAAAAAAAAGGUUAGGCUGAUGGCCAUCCCGAAGAACCGGCAGAGCGUUCUGACCACAAAGGCUCCCAUUCUCAAGCGCCGCGUGCGUUAAGGGAAAAUAAAAAAAUUUAUAUAAUAUGACCCUAAAUUAUUAUAAUAAAAUUGAAAGCAAUUCAA